AUGAAGCAUAUCGAUAAAACUGAUGAAGUUGUGAAACAACAAACAGAUCAAGCAUCAACGUAUAUUGAUGAUAGUGUAUCCUCGAUAAUCAAAGAAAAGCUUAAUAGUGAAGUAGUUGAAGAAGCUGGCUAUAGCAUCUCAGUAAAAGUCGGUGUGCCAGAAGUUCCAGCAUUGCCAAAAUCUGAAACAGAAGAUAAACCU